GAGGGGCGGGGGAGGGGCAGCUGUCCGAGCGUCCGCGGGCUGAAGGAAGGUGCACUUAUUAAGCGCCACCUGUGUGCGUCCGCGAUGCUGAUGCUAGCCGGCCAGACCGUUAAACCCCAUCUGCAAAGGGGCUUGCUUACCUUCUGAUGGAACCAUUGUAGGGCGUCCAGGGCUGGAAAGGGGUUCGGGGCCGGCCGGUGGUGGAGGAGCCCCAGCGUAAGUAGUGGCGGGAUCGUUGGUUCCUCCUUCCCCAAGGGAGGAAGCCCGCCCGAGAGGCAAGCCCCGGGGCUCUGGGAGGACAGGGGAUGCUUCCCGAAGUCAGGCCCGCCGUCAGGCCAGGCUGCCUGGUCCCAAGGCUGGAGACGGGGAUGGGAAGAGCCGGCAAAGCCGGGCAAGCCGGCAGACCUUCAAAGACCUUUGCAUAAGAACGCAGAGACAAAAACAAGACUGACCCUCCCUCCAGCAGCCUGCUGCCUUCCCCAAGGAAGAAAUACGCACCCCAAUAAGAAAGUAAGGAAAAGAGGAGCUCCCGGGGCCGCACUGACCGCUGGGGCUUCAGGAGGAUUACCUGGUGCGUGCUGCUGGGGGAGAGCCAGAGAAAAGACCACCCAGGGCCCCCUAGAUGUGGAGUCAGCCCCACUCGGCACACCAAACCUUAGUCCUUCAUGGAGACCAGCUCCCAGCCAGAAUGGCAGUGGAGGAGAUCGGCUUCCCAACGGGCGCCUGGCAGGAGGCUGCGGCAGGACGUGAACUGCAGAGAGAACAGCUGGUAGGAAGUCUCGGCGUCUAUCUCUCCUCCUGGGCAGGGCAGCAUGGCGAGAGUGUGGAGGAAGAAGCUCUGGGCAUCCUGCCUGUGCGUCACGGUGGCCUCCUUCCUCCUCAUUUCAUUCCAGGUGGUCAGCGAGCUUGGCAAAUUUGAAAGGCUGAAGAUAGAAAACUCCAAUCUGAAAGACGGGCAGCAGAAGCCUGAAGAAGCCACCAAACAUCUCCAUCCAUUUCUUAAGAAAGGACUGUACCAAAGCAAGAAGAAGGUAGCCAAGGCAGACAGCUAUCCCAUCAUGCUCUGGUGGUCCCCACUGACCGGGGAAACGGGAAGGUUAGGUCACUGCGGAGCGGACACUUGCUUUUUUACCAUCAACCGGAGCUACCAGCACCACCAUCUGACCAAAGCGUUCCUCUUCUAUGGUACUGACUUCAGCAUAGACAGCCUGCCCCUGCCGCGGAAGGCCCACCACGACUGGGCCCUCUUUCACGAAGAGUCCCCCAAGAACAACUACAGGCUCUUCCACGAGCCCGUCAUCACCCUGUUCAACCACACGGCCACCUUCAGCCGCCACUCCCACCUGCCGUUAACCACCCAGUACCUGGAAGGCGUGGACGCCCUCAAGUCGACCAGGUACAUGGUUCCUCUGCACACCAAAAACAGCCUGCGACAACGCCUGGCCCCACUGGCGUACGUGCAGUCUGACUGCGACCCGCCCUCGGACCGGGACAGCUACGUGCGGGAGCUGAUGAGUCACAUCCAGGUGGACUCUUACGGCGAGUGUCUGCGCAACCGAGAUCUCCCUCCGCAGCUGAAAAACCCGGCCGCCAUGGACGACGAUGUCUUCUACCGCAUCCUCGCGCAGUACAAGUUCAUCCUGGCGUUUGAGAACGCGGUCUGCGACGACUACAUCACCGAGAAGUUCUGGCGCCCCCUGAAGCUGGGCGUGGUCCCUGUCUACUACGGCUCGCCCAGCAUCCGCGACUGGCUUCCCAGCAACAAGAGCGCCGUUCUGGUCGCCGGGUUUUCUCACCCGCGGGAGCUGGCAGGCUUCAUCAGGCAGCUGGAUGACAAUGACAAGGAAUACGAGGCCUACCUUGAGUGGAAGCUGAGGGGCGAGAUCUCCAACGGCCACCUGCUCAGGGCCUUGAAGGAGCGCAGGUGGGGCGUGCAGGACGUCACCCAGGACAACUACAUUGAUGCCUUCGAGUGCAUGGUGUGUAACAAGGUGUGGGAAAACAUCCGGCUGCAGGAGAAGGGCUUCCUCCCAAGGAGGUGGAACGCAGAUGUGACGCACCUGAGCUGCCCCAGACCUCAGGCUUUUGCCUUCCCUAUCCCAGCUCUGCAGUGGACCUCUCUUCGGGAGAUGUGGAUCCCGAGCUUUGAGCAGUCCAAGAAGGAAGCCCGAGCCCUGCGGCAGUUGGUAGAGAGGAAUCGGAAUUUCACCACCCAAGAGUUUUGGGCUCUGGUGUUCAAAGACUGACUUGCGAAAGUCAUCGAUUUAGAGCGACUGGACACCCUUCCUAGCUGUAGGCCCGACCCAGACGUGAGCCACAGAAUGGACAGUGUUUGCCUCAUGGCUGUGGGGUGCUGCUCUUGAUUGCCUUAAUGACAUUGUAAAUCAAUAAUGAUAAGAAAGUGGUUUGUUGACUUAUCCCUCUAGGACAGGAAUUAAUCGGUGCGGUACUCACAAGGAGCCCUAUCGAGUAAUUCCCAUGAAGUCUUCUUAGAGUUCACCCUUAUAGUUUUGUAUUGAAAAAGUAUUUCUUGUAGGCAUUCGUUUUAUCCACUUUAAAUGGCUAGAUUAAGAUUCCUUCUGCCUUUCUAUUGAGGUCUACGUCUGUGAGCAGUGGCCAUUUCAGUGCCUGGGGCAGAUGGCAGGUGGAAAUGUUUUGUAUGUUCUGUGUCAGUCGUCCCUACCCUCCGAAAGACCGUUUCAUGGAUGCUAGGGAUCGGUCUUUUUGUAAGCCAAGGUCGACAGAGAAAGGCGUGAGAGCGUGGUCCUGAGAAGUCCCAUCUCUGGUGUCCGGGGAGCCGUGCAAAGUCGACUCGUGAUCUCUCUUUGAGAAACCUUCAAGCUCUAUGUGAGUGGGAGUGAUUUGUAUUGUUAGCCACAUUGAGAACCCGAGUGUCUCUUCAAGCUGGCAUGACAGAGGCAGCGCUGGACCUGGAAUCAGGAGAUCCUAGGUUCAAAUCCUGCUUCUGAAACCUAGUUCUGGACCCUCAGCAGCCUCUCCAAGCCUCCGGUUCCUCAUCUGUGAAGUGGGGAUCAUAAUACCUAUUUCAUAGGGUCGUUGUGAGGGUCAGAUAAGCUUGCGUAUGUUAGCUUUAAAAUGUUACAGGAGUGUCCAUUAUUAUUAGUUCCCACCUCAUCCCCCAAAAAGCAUCUGUGCGCCCUUGGUGAAGCCGAAUGAUUGUGCCUUCUGGCUUUGCUGGCCCCGGAGUAUUCUACGAUUUAGAGCCGAAAGACCCAGAGGCCACCGACUCCCUGAAGGAGAGGCAGGCAGGCGGGGGGGGGGGAUGACGGAUCGGGCGUCAGUUUGGGUCCCGGUUCGGUCCUUUCCUACUUGUGUGGUCUUGGACAAGUCGCCUUUCCUCUCAGGGAACAGACUGGGGGUCUUGAUUUCCUUCUCUCUAAAACGACGAGAUUGAAUGAGACAGCCUCCAAAUCCCUUCCACCUCUGAUCCUUCGAGACAUGGAGUCGGGCAGGCGAAGCGAGUCACCAGCCAAAGGAGCCUCCUGGCCCCUGGCUCACCGGGCAGCCUAGCCAAGAUUUGUAUCCAGAUCCUUUAGCCCUGAGGCCACUAGUGUUCUCCACACCGUGUCUUUCCCAUAGCUAGCCAUUGGGUUAGUGCUAAACUUCGACUAGAACCCAUCUCCUGCCUUAAUUCAGGGUCCUUUCCUACGUCUUCAUUUGCCCAGCUCGGGAAGAAAAAGAAACACAAUCUGUACCGACGACGACCUGGCAUUCUAAUGGGGGGACGAGGAGUACAUUCUAGAAAUACUAAAUAUGUAGCAAAUGAAUAGUCGCAGCUGCUAACUACAAGGUAGUUGGGGGAGGGCAGCUCUAGCACAUGGGGGCCCAGGCGGGGCUUCAUGUAGGUGGUGAUGCUGAAGGCGCAUCUUCAGGGAAGACGGCGGGAGGAAGGAGGGAGUGUGUUCCAGGCAGGGGGCACAGCCAGUGCAAACACAUGACGAUGGUAGAUGGAGCCCUGCGUGUGAGAGGAACAGAGAGGAGGCCAGUGUGGCUGCCUCAGAGGGAAAGUGAUUUCCAAUGAAGAAGGAAAGAUUGGGGCCAGGUGUUGUUGGUCUUUAAAAGUUAAACAGGGGCAGCUAGGAGGCACAGUGGAUACAGCACCAGCCCUGGAGGAGGGAGGACCUGAGUU